AGUUCGCAGUUGCGGCAGGUUGCGACUCUCUCGGUUUUAGAUGACCAGAAUGUUGCCAGGAAGCUGGAAAACUGAGAUCUUCGAAGGAUGUGGAAGGCGCCGGGUGCUACAGGCACCGGAGAGGGAGGAGAGUGACUGAGUUUCCCACAUCCCCGAGGCAAAGGCUGUUCAGUUUUGGAGGGUUCGGCUAACUUGGCACCUCGCAGCUCCUUCGCUGUUACUCUUGUCUACAGCGAUCUGGGCGAUCAGCAAAAUCUUGCAUGAAACCCGAUGGAUUCUGCACACGCGGCUUUGUACCCGGGCAAUGAGGAAGCAGCAUUUCUUCCGGCAGCAUGUUCCGCGUGGGCAAGCACAGGAUCCCCAGACCUGUCACCAGGAACCUGGAGGAUCUGGACUCAGUCGAGAGCAUCCUGCUGCACAGUGACCUUAAACCUGAAUGGUUGGAUAGUGUGCAGAAAAAUGGAGAAUUAUUCUAUCUAGAAAUGAGUGAAGAUGAAGAAGAAAUAGUUUUUCAAGAUGGUUCCCUCGAUGUGCCUGUUGUGAACCAUGUCAGGUUUCGUGAAAAUGAAGCUGAAGUUAUUCAUGAGGGAUCUCGAAAAGGUAGAAAGAAUGAACACGGACUGGAGAAACUCACUAAAAUGUUAAAAAACAAAAGCGUUUUAUCAAAACAUUCUGGUAAGAUGAAAGCACCGAGUAAACACAAUGUACAUACCUCUGGCCCAGCAUCCAUACUGAAACACCAUUCUAAUCAGAAGAUGGGAGCUGUAGUCCAGCAACAGUACAAAGAUGUCUGCAUUUAUGUAAAUCCAAAGAGAAUAUCAAAUGCGGAGACAGGAGAACAGGUCAAGCUUCUAGAGUCAUUAAUAGGCAUAGUCCAUCAAUCACCAUGGAGAAAAACUGAAAAAUAUAGGCAUGGUGUUGAGUCCAGAAGUGUCAAUGAAGAGAAACUGGUUGUACAUGGCUUGGUCCCAGGCAGCUCAGCAAUAAAGUCGGGUCAAAUCUUGAUUGGCGAUGUUCUUGUUGCAGUAAAUGAUGUUGAUGUAAACUCUGAAAAUAUAGAAAGGGUUUUGUCUUGCAUUCCAGGUCCUAUGAAGGUGAAGCUUACAUUUGAAACAUCUGUCUUUGAACCAGAAGAAUCAUCCCAACAAAAAUGUAAGCAGGCACAAGCUUCUAUGAAUAGCCUGCUCAAAUUGCUGUGGAAAGACCAUAACAGCGACCCACAGUUCUCCAUCCAAAGUAUACCUCAUAUUGUUAUGUAUCUCUCACUCAAAUUGGAUUCUGAUUCGUCAAAGGAUGAGCAAGAAAUAUUUUACCAGUACCCCAUAUCAGAAGCUUCCCAAAAACUGAAAAGUGUAAGAGGAAUAUUUCUCACAUUGUGUGACAUUCUGGAAAAUAUGACUGGAACUCAUAUAAUCAGUUCAUCUAUGUUUUUAUGUGAGAAACUGAUCCACAUGGCUUACUGGAAGGACUCGGACAAGCUCCUUGUAAUUGGUCUCCCAGCUGAAAGCGUGCCUCUUUCUCAGCUAAGGAACAUGAUUGCAGAUGUUGUCCAAACUUUAACGUUCAUGUACAGUUCUCUGGAUAGUGCUUUUUGCCAGGUGGGAAACAUCUCCCAGUUGGAUCAUUUUUUCAGCCUGUUCUUCCAGCAAGCACUUCAGCCUGCUAGGCUCAACUCAAAUGCCAGCUCUAGUUCCCACCGUUAUGAUGACGGCAGUGCAUUGCUUCUGUACAACUUUCCAGGAGCACGCUGGCUAUCACUGCCACAAGAAAUUAAGGUAGAAAUUGAUACAGCUCUGAGUGACUUGGAGGCAGCAGACUUUGCAGAACUAUCUGAAGAUUACUAUGACAUGAGGCGACUGUAUACAAUUUUGGGCUCAUGCCUCUUUUAUAAGGGCUAUUUGAUCAGCAGUCACUUGCCAAAGGAGGACCUCACUGAUAUUAUUUUAUAUACCAGGCAUUAUUGCCUCAUGCCCUUGGCAGCAGAACGGAGAAUUGGGCAAUUAGUAAUAUGGCGAGAAGUGUUUCCACAACAUCACCUUCAGGAAUGUAAAACUUUAUGUGAUGGAUACCAAGAACCCAAAGGAAGAUACUUCUUACUCAUAGUUGGCCUGAAACACUUUAUGUUGAGUGUCUUGCUGGAAGCAGGAGGCUGUUCUUCCAAAGCCAUUGGAAAUCCAGGGCCAGAUUGCAUAUAUGUGGAUCAGGUCAAAGCAACUAUCCUUCAGUUGGAUGGAAUAGAUCUUAACAUAGAUGAAAGAUUGGAAUCUCCUUCUGCUCCAUUGGUGUCCUGUGUAGACUGGUUCCUGCCUUCACGUGACAGUUUGACCAACUUGCCUCUUCUGAACAAGUUGCAGAACACGUCAAACACUGUAACUUCUCCAGCAAGCAAAAAAUUUCUUUUUGGUGAUUCUGCUCUAAGGACACGUAAGAGCAGUCUGUUAAGGAGUACUGGGGGAUCUGACAAUGGUGGUGAUGGUCCUGAAGGAGGAAGUGGGAACCUUAAUCCAUAUCCUGCACAAUCCAAAAUUCCUGGUGGACUUGAUGGAAGUAAUAGUCUCUCUAAGAUCACUAAAAAGAAAAAUGUUCUUCCAAACCCAUUUAACUUAGGAAGCCUAAAAAAGAACCUUUCAGAUAAGGAGACUGAACUGUAUAAUGUUAUGAAGCUGACAUCUGGACCUGAGAACACCCUCUUCCACUAUAUUUCGCUAGAAACAAUGCAUGGAAUUUUUAUCACUCCAACACAUGUUGAAGUGAUGCAGCUCAAAGGAACUAUCCAUCCUCAACUCAUCAAGAACUUCUAUCGCUGUUGUCUUUCUAUCCGUUCCAUUUUCCAGCAAACGACGAUGAGAGAAACUAAAAAGGCUGCAGGGACUGUGAAAAACUCAGAAUCAAAAAAAGUAAAUUCGGGCCUAUAUCAAGUAAAAGAACAUGGUGUGUUGUUUGAAUGUUCUCCUGACAACUGGACUGACCAAAAGAAGCCCCCACCCACUGUCAUGUAUUGGGUUAUAGGGAGACUCUUCCUAGACCCAAAGCCUCGGGAGUUUUAUGUCUGUUUUCAUGACUCAGUUACAGAGGUUGCCGUUGAACUGGCUUUUAAGCUGUCCUUUGGCUUAGCUCUGUAGAUGUGUUAUCAGUACAGCCCAUCCUAACCAGAGCUGGCCACAUCCCAAGGCAUUAAGGCACACAAAUAUCAAUUAAAUCAUGGUUUCAUCCUGGGUGCUUUCUGAAGUGUUUCUUUCGAAUAAUCUUCUAUGGUGGGAUAACUUUUCAAAUGUUUACUGUACCACUGAUGUUUUUAAUUACUCACUCAAGUGACUGACUUUUGAAGUAAUGUAUGUAUCAAUCGAGUGAGUAAUUAUUAUUUAUAUUUAUCUUUAUCGCAUACUAACAAACUUUACAUAUGGAGGCUGAGGUCAAGAGCAUGAACAUAUGGAACCAUGUGCACACUUGUAUUUUUCUCAAUUUCCUCCUUAGAAGGUGCCUCUUUAGAACCUCCACAUAUCUUUUAACAUCCCCCCCCCCAAGUUCAAAGUACAUUUUGGGGUCUCUGGGGAACCCUUUCUGGAUAUAUGCUUCUGGACUUGAACCAAGGGAAUAUAUUAUGUCAAAUAUAUUUCAUAGUAUACAAGCACUGUAUCUAUGUUAUAUUUGUGGUUCUGGUAAUACAGGUUAAGCAUGGAGCAAAGAAAACCCUGAUCUCCCCCCACCCCCGUCCCCCAAUACUAGCUUGUGUUAAAGGGCUAUAAUAAUAUUUGCAAUAAAAGGGCUUUAUGAAUAAUAAUGUAAAUAUAAAAAUUACUAAACUUGUUAAAUAUAUAGUAAAAUUGAUGUGUUUGCAGAUGCUUAUGGGUAACAGACAGAGGAAUUUACUAUUGUUUCUGAAAACUUUGUAUAAGCUAUUUUUGUAUGACUUUUGCAAUAAAGACCUAUAUCUUUGCAAAACA